CACAGCCUGCAGAACAACCGAUUCGCAUCCCUGGUUUCCUCUGAAAGUCCCUUACAUCAGCUGCGGAAAAUGGAGUGACCUCCGUGUCGAUAACCAGGGCGGCGAGCUUUCAGAGAAGUUGGUGAGUGCCGGUGUCCAUGCGCGUCUUGCAGCACCUGCAACGAUACACCGUGAGACUGUAAAAAAGUGCUUGAGUCAUCCUCGUCUUCAAAGUUGCACGUCACCUUCAUGGAUUGUCUCGACAUACAGUUUUCUAGCAGGAGAGGGCGCUCCGAAGCGGGGACGAAGCGCUUCCGAAGGGUGUACUUAGUACAUAUGUGUACACGUCGUACUCGCAUGAUGUAGGAUUCAAUUGCAUGCUUCAGGACUGGGAUUUGGUAGAUCUGUCCGCAUCCUUCCGGGACUGCUUGCACUUUCGUCUCGGAGAUUGUUUAUGAGAUCUUAAUGUGCGUUCCGAGCUGCGCUUUUUAGCGAUCUUGAGAGUGGCAGUUCAGGAACGCUACAUUUUAGGUGGUGUGCGUGAGGUGUUUAGGUUUAGCAUCUGUAAUUGGUGAGCGUGUUCAAGCUUCUGUCGCGAUUUCACAGUCUGAUAACCAUGAGUGACUUGUUUAAGGGCAUUUGGAAGGGCGGGAAGGGCGGGAAGGUAGGAAAUGGCGAAGAUACCUUCGGAGAUGUUGAGAGCGGUUGUGUGAUUCAGAUGACAAGCUUAGACGCAGAUCCGAGUAGCAUGGCAGAUUUUUUUCGUGAGAUAGGGGUAGUGCAAGGGAAAGUGAACGAUGUCAAAAUCCUUCUCCUUAAGCUCCAGAGCGCACAUGAGAAAACCAAAGGAACUCACAAGGCAAGCGAGCUGAAAGAGAUUCGGGCGGAGAUGGACGGUGACAUAGAGUCCGUGACUAAAGCGGCGCAAUUCAUGAAGUUCAAACUGGCAGAGCUGAGUAAAUCGAAUCUCGCUAAUCGGCAAGUGAAGGGCUGUGAGGAGGGAACCACCACAGACCGCCAGAGAAUGGCAUUGACGAACAGCCAACGCAAGAAACUUAAGGAGCUCAUGGACGAGUUCCAGGCGCUGCGUGCAACAAUGAUGGACGAGUACAAGGAAACCAUCACUCGCAGGUACUACAACGUCACCGGGAAGCAAGCCGACGAAGAAACUACAGAGAACAUGAUCCGCACCGGCGAGAGCGAAACCUUUCUGCAACAAGCCAUCCGACAGCAAGGCCGAGGCCAACUAAUCGAGACCAUCCGAGAGGUUCAGGAACGGCACGACGGCGUGAAGGAGAUCGAGCGGCACUUCAUGGAGAUUCACAACAUCUUCACGGACAUCUCCGUGCUGGUGGAUGCGCAGGGCCAAAUGGUGAACGAAAUCCAGGACAACAUCAAUCGCGCGACGUCUUUCACGCACCGCGGUGCCGAUCAAUUGGCGACCGCGAGGCGGCGUCAGAUCAGAAAACGGAAGUGGACCUGUGUGUCCAUCUUGUUGCUCAUUGUUCUCAUCCUUGUCCUGAUCAUCGCCUUAAAAAUUGCUAAAAUAAUUCCAUAGGAAAGCUCAGAAAUCUGAGCUCGCUCUUGAAAAACAGGGGAUGGCGCAGGUUCACCGGCAAACUUACGUUACCCCGUGGACACUUGCUCUUUCCUCGAAGCCUCGAUCAUUGACCUGAAUUCUCGGGGUCAACCCGCAAUUGCGUCGAAAUUUGUGCCAGUUAAAUUAAUAGGUUUUGAAUUGAGGCGUUCGAGACUCGGCUUGCUUGGGGUUGGACCAAUGAGCAUUAUUGGAUUUAUCAAACACUACUAUUUUACGUGAUUUAGGGUUGGCAAGGCUAACAUUGAUAAGGCUAACAAACUACAACAAAUAUUUUUGACUUGUUGUAACAAAAUGAAUCAUACGUGUGCAUAUACAACUAUUUUAUUGUUAUUUGUAA